CUUACGUAGCUCUCGCAAUUUUUAUUUUCUUCUUCACUAUCCCUUGUAUUCUUCCUUUUUGCCAUCCCCAACUUCAAUUGCCCCAAGACAUUCUUGUCAGGCGGACUCAUUUCUCGAUCAUCAUCCCUGCGGCUGGCCGUUCUCCCUUUGACUGACCCGUGGUCGCGUGAAGAGCUCUUGUUUCCCCACCCCGCACUCAGAGCUGUGAGGUAGCUAUCAAGUUGGACGAUAAGAUAUUCUUCAUCAAAAUACACCACUUUGAAAGUCUUCGCGAUAAAGUAUCCCUGUAUCCCAUCAACCUAUAAAGAGUUUCCGGAGAUCAGUUUAUUCAAGAUGUUUGGAAUCAUCGCGGACUUGAUGUCCUCGGUGAUUACGAUCCUCUUCCCCGUAUUUGCCUCUUACAAAGCUUUGCGCUCCUCUGAUCCGUCACAACUGGCGCCAUGGUUGAUGUACUGGGUGGUCCUCUCGGGCAUUUUGCUGGCUGAAUCAUGGACGAUUUUCAUCCUGGGCUGGAUCCCGUUCUACAGCUGGUUUCGACUGUUUUUCUUUUCCUAUCUCGUACUUCCUCAGACGCAGGGCGCAAAAAUCCUGUACCAGACCUAUGUCGAUCCCUUCCUGGAACACCACGAACGAGAGAUUGAAGUGUUUAUUGGCCGCUUCCAUGAGCAGGCUAAAGCCCUUGGGCUUCAAUACUUCUAUCAGGCCAUCGAUUACAUCCGGGAGAAGAUUCUGAGAUUGCCGGGUCAACACCCUGCCCCUCCACCUCCGCCAACCGGCCCCGCUGGAUAUGCGCAGUCGCUCCUCUCUCGAUUCUACCUCCCUACCGCUGCUGGCGGAGCGCAACAAGCUCCUGCGAAUGAUUGGUACUCCACGAUCAGCUCCGCUGUGGCAGCAUUGACUUCCGCAGGUAAAAGCCAUGAAGCGCGGGCUGAAGAGCUGUCUGCCAGCGGGAACCUCUUGCCGCGAGAACUGACUGGAAUGUCCCGGGAGGACAAAGCUAGCUUCAUUUCCAAGCAGCGCGAAGUGAUUGAGGUGUUGCGCGCCGCAUUGGCCAAGGAAGAAAGUAACCUUGACAGUGGCGAUGUGGACGACGAUCUUGCAUAUGGCUCCUCUCUGAGAAAGAAUUGCAGUGACAACUCGUUUGACCAUAUCAACCCGGAAGACAUUCGUGAUCGAUCUCCGGCGAGACCGCAAAGAUCGUCCAGUGGCAAAUGGACGUCGGGAUGGUUUGGCAGCGGAGAGCCGGCUGCUUCCUCUGGCGUGGAGGCUAUUCCACGCGCAGCUGACGACGUUCCGCGGUCCAGGGGAUCCCACCAUUAGACUAGUUGUCACUGCGUGAUGGCUUCAUGCUGAGUAUAGUCUCCAAAUAGACUGGCCAGGGUAUAUAUAGACUCGUAGGCAUGAAAGACAAUGAAUUGUGA